AUGUUUUCCAACCAACUAGAGAAGGAUCACUUCGACUACUGGCUCGCCUUUACUGAGACCACGCUGCUUUUCCGUUCUGACCUCCUUACAAAAGUCAUCCCACAGCUUUCCUGGCAGGAUCCUGUAAUCAAACAUGCAGCUCUGGCGGUUGGUGCAUCGGCUCUUAGCGGGACCACGCGAAGAGAGCGAAUGCUGGGAAAGGGGAGAUUCAACUCGGACGCUCUUAUGCACUAUGGAAAGGCUAUGAAACUCUUGUUUUCGUCAAAAAUGUCGCCCGAGAGAACGUUACUGGCAUGCCUCCUGUUCAUCACCUUUGAAAGUCUCCGAGGAAACAAAGUUGCGGGGCUAAGCCAUAUCAAUCACGGCUCCCUCAUUCUUGAUCAGCAUACUCCCCAGGGUGUUGAUCCGGACCCCUUGCUUGAUGAAGUCAUGACAAGUUUCCAGCACUUUGGCCUUCAGUCUUGGAGCCACAGCGGCGCACAUCCUAAGGAGACUGAUAUCCGGGUACCGUGGUGCUGCCGGGGGCGCAAAGCGAGAUACGCUGUGCAAGAAAUGCCCUCGGUCUUCGAGAGCCUGGAAAUGGCUCGUCGGUGGUGGGAUAUCGUCAGACACCAUCUCGAGCACCAUGCACCACUGCAAACGGGAUUUCGAGUAGAAGGAGUACGUUCUGGGAAGACCAAACAGGUGCCGCCGGAUUACGCCUCGCCAGCGUCCCAGAAACGCAUCCGAAGCUUCGUCCAUUUCCUCGACGCCUGGGACCUGUCUUUCCAACCGCUCGCCAUCAAAGCAGAGUCCGGGAAAACGGCCAACGCCGCGGACUAUCUCAAGGCGCUCAACCUGAGAAUUCACUACCUGCACAUGUGGGCGUCCAUACGUACUGUGGGGUGGACGGACUUCGAAGACAUAGGCCGGAUCACGCCCACCUUCCUCGAUAUCGUCGCGCUCAGCCGGGAGCUUCUUCCAGCGCAGGCCACCCGGCAGCUCCUCGUGCCGAACGGCGAGAUCUUCACGUUGGAAGACAGCCCGACGUGGCCUCUCGGGUCAGCCUUCCUCAUGUGCCAGGCCAGUGAAGUGAAGGACGAGGUCGUUCGGCUGUUCAAGGAGUAUCCUAGACGUGAUGGUCUUUGGGACACACAUGGGUUUCUGCUCAUGAUUGAGUGGCUGAACGAGAUGUCAUCGGCCGGCUAUGCCCUCGAUGAGCAAUGCCAUAUUGCUGAUUGCAAUGUCGUCUUCCGCGAACAUUCAGUCAUGCUCGAGAAGAGACUUUGGAACCCCGCAAAGUCGAAAUGGAAGCAUAGCGGCAUCAGCUUCAAUAUUCUUUAA